AUGAAGGCUCUUAUUCUCGUCGGGGGUUUUGGAACGCGUCUGCGCCCUCUGACUCUUACUCUCCCCAAACCACUGGUGGAGUUUGCCAACCGUCCCAUGAUCCUGCAUCAAGUGGAGAGCUUGGCUGCUGCUGGUGUAACAGACAUUGUUCUCGCUGUUAACUAUCGACCAGAUGUUAUGGUUUCUACGCUUAAAAAGUAUGAAGAAAUAUAUAACCUGAAAAUUGAAUUUUCAGUUGAAUCAGAGCCCUUGGGCACCGCUGGCCCUCUCAAACUCGCGGAGAAAAUUCUUGGAAAGGAUGACAGUCCAUUCUUCGUUCUCAACUCCGACGUCAUCUGCGAAUAUCCCUUUGCAGAAUUGGCUGCAUUCCACAAGAAACACGGCGAUGAGGGAACAAUUGUGGUGACAAAGGUCGAGGAGCCGUCGAAAUAUGGUGUCGUGGUCCAUAAGCCAAACCAUCCAUCCCGCAUUGACCGCUUUGUUGAGAAGCCUGUUGAGUUUGUGGGGAACCGCAUCAACGCUGGUAUCUACAUCCUCAAUCCAAGUGUCCUGAAGCGCAUUGAGCUCCGUCCCACUUCUAUUGAGCAGGAGACGUUCCCAGCCAUAUGCAAGGAUGGCCAGCUCCAUUCCUUUGACCUUGAAGGAUUCUGGAUGGACGUUGGACAACCAAAGGAUUUCCUCACGGGUACUUGCCUCUACCUUUCUUCACUCACAAAGCGCAAGUCGGAUAGCUUGUGCACUUCAGAGCCUUAUGUCUACAAAGGAAACGUUAUGGUCGACCCCUCUGCCAAGAUUGGCAAGAACUGUCGUAUUGGACCUAACGUUGUGAUUGGACCGAAUGUCGUAGUUGGUGAUGGCGUUCGACUUCAGCGCUCCGUCCUGCUGGAGAACAGCAAGGUCAAGGACCACGCGUGGGUAAAGUCGACAAUCGUUGGAUGGAAUAGCACCGUGGGCAGAUGGGCACGACUGGAAAAUGUCACUGUCCUCGGAGACGAUGUGACUAUUGGAGAUGAAGUUUAUGUCAAUGGUGGUUCUAUUUUGCCCCACAAGAGCAUCAAACAGAAUGUCGACGGUAUUUAUCAUAUCAUAUCCCUCCUGUUUCCCCAAUUUGUCUCCCACACGCGUAGAUAA